AUGCUUCUUCUGUGGGGCUUACGAGUUGCUGCGUCGCAUCUUUUUGCAAAUGCCCAUCCAAACCCUUCCGAUGGCAGCAAGACGAAACUGUUGCUUUGCUGUCUUUCAUCUCGCCUUUCUCGAUGUGGUGCCAACUCUGUCUUCUGCAGCCACAUCAUCCGCAACACUCCGCGCUCACGGAACACACAACAUCCACAAAACAGCCAUCAGCUUCACCGCUAA